UAUAUCCAUCUGAUGAAAUCAGAUUUUUUAUUUUUAUUUUUGAAAAAUGAUUUCAUAAUCAUUUUGUUGCUUUAGUUGGGUGUGUCGAUCGGGACACUCACGAGUUUAAGCCCGGGGGCACCGAUGCAAUACAUGACGGACUUGGGAAAGAUUUACAAAACCUUCGUGAAGUAAAAAAUGGCAAUUUCCUUGUUGAAGCCAGUAGUUGCCUGUGUGCUAAUAAUAACCUUUAGCUUUGAAUCAUCAACUGUUUCCGGUGGUUCGUUGGGUUCAUGUGAAGGACUAAGAGUUGACAGGCUGGAAAAAGGUGAAUUUAUGACAGCCAGCAAAUGCAUUUCAUUAUUUGGCACAUGCUGCGGUACCGAACCUGCCAUUGACAAAGCUAACGAAGACCCAAGAAAGAUGAAAUCCAGUGCUCUGUGCUACACUUGCUAUAACAGCAACAUCAGCGUAAAAUGCACCGACGAUUUGUUGAAAACUGAAGACAGUCUGGGGGCUGAAUCCUGCCAGAGGCUUGGCGGUGUAUGCUGUGAUGCAACGUCGAACGGUGGUUCGGCUUUUAAUGCUGAAGAAUAUUUGUAUAAUCAUGGAUCACAAACGUGCAAUUAUUGCUACAGCGGAAUUCCUCAAGUAAGCGGCUGAGACAACAAAUGUUAUUAUUGAAUGGCGAUUUAUUUAUGCAUUUCUUGAGAUAUUUAAUUCAGUAAUAUUUAUUUAAAGUUUUAAAUAAAUUUAUAACGCAAUGUUUCAUGGUCUGCAACUCAAAAUCUCAUCAUCUCCGAUUGAAUGAAUUCAUUGGUGAACCUCAAACCUCAACAACGUAGUCAAUUGGUUUGAUGAUCUCAUUUUCCUAUCAGUUUGCUGGUGAGUUGACCCAAUAUUGAAUCUAUUAGCAUGCCCUUGUAUUGACCGGAAACAACUGUAAUUGUUUCUGAAGUGGCUCGGGUAAAAAUAGUAUACCGGUCAAGGUUUUCACAAGGCCUGAACCGUCAACGUUCUUGUGUCGAAAUUCACACUUUAGUCCAUAUAGUGUUACUUUUUGUUUGAUACUGGCCACUGUUUGUUGGAGUGUCACCAGGGAAUAACUUCGGUUAUUAAUGAUUAUUGCAUUGUCUGUCCUGGUUACCCAGACGAAGGACUUGGGAAACUCACCGGCUCCGCGGAAAACGGAAGUGUAAUGCAUUCUCAAAGACCUGAGUUUUGCGUGCUCUGAAACUGACAUAUUUUUGCCAUAUCUGUCUGUAGAGAGGUCAAGGUUUCCUCAUUUAUGAGUGUAACAGCCACACCCUUUUUCUCAAUCCAAAGAGAAAACACCAGAAGUUUUCGUGACGAUGUAUCAAUAAAAGCCGGCAAUAACGCGAGAAGGAAGGUUGAGGAGGAGACGGGAACCAGACGUCACUUUAGUGAUCCAGUCAUCCAGCCCGUGAGGACCGUGACUCCGUGCGCUAACCCAGUGCAUUGUUGGGACAAAAUUGAAUUCUGUGCGCCCAUUAAGAAAAUUCAAUUCAGAAAAAUCGAUGUAAACAUCACGCCGCAUUACGCAAUUAUUGCAGAGUAAAAGUAAAAGUGCAGUGGGGGAGUCGGAGAUUUGGAAACCUGAAAACUCUCGACUCAAGGUCAACGCCGUGAGUAAAUCUUAAAAAAAAAGGCAUCACUUUUUUUUUCAAAUCAAUAGAAAAGGUAGCCUUGAUUGGCUACAACUACAUGUUAGCUGAAAGACGAAAUCGUGAACAAAAGAAGUGAAGUGUGUAUAUCUGCAAGGUCAGCAGUGUGGCAAACCGGUUGUUCUCUUUGUAUUUGUCUUCAGUUGGAAAAAGGUAUACAGCCGAACAAGAAUUCAACUUUGAAAGUCCAUCAGCGCACAACAGCAAAAGCGCACAUCAACAGUUAAUCACAGCGAACGAAAUCUGCUUCCUUGAUUUCACGUGUUUUUCGUUUUACGUCGUUUCAAAUUCUUAAUUUUCGUUGUUCCAUCUGUGCAACGUAUCUUCUGCAGCACAUCAUGGCAAAAGA